AUGCCCAUGCCAGCGCAACCUGUCUAUAACUACGGCUCACUCCCAUAUCCUACGCAAGCAACUCAGCCCGGACCACAGUACAAUAUGUUUUCAGAUGGUGUGAAUGUUCCACCACCCACAGCCCCCCCAGCUCCAGCCCAUACCCCGGAUCCAACUUUCGACUGCACACAAGCCUAUACUCCUGGUGCAGAGACAUUGUCUAUUUGUCGAAGGACUGGACAAGGACCGAUCUGGCUUGGUAUAUGGUACGACUCUCCUUUGAGGAUGCUUUCCUGGGAAAGAGUCGAGGAACGACUCGAUAACAUCGCGUGGAGACGAAUCUUCUACGAGCUCGUCUCGUGUCGUGCUCGAGUGAAUUGGGAUAUAAGAGUGCUAGGUGAUGAGAUGAUAAAAGCUGGGAUACAAUUUGAUACUUUGCCACUUGUACUACCGCAAACAGAUUUCCAUCAGCCAUGUGUUUAUGGUGUUGACUGGGCACCCCCGGAUUGGCCAUGGAAUGCUAGUGGAUAG